GGGGCCGAAGCCCGCGACGGUUGACUCAGCGGCCGGCAGCUCGCGGGCUCAGGCAGGCUGAUUAGGGGCUCGGGGGUCGGCGCGGUUGGCUUGCAGCGGGCGAGCCUGGGCUCCGAGCGGCGCGGUGGUGUGGGUGUCCGGGUGGCCGCUCGCCAUGCCGUCCCGGGUGGAGGACUACGAGGUGCUGCACAGCAUCGGCACCGGCUCCUACGGCCGCUGUCAGAAGAUUCGGAGGAAGAGCGACGGCAAGAUCCUGGUAUGGAAAGAACUUGAUUAUGGCUCCAUGACUGAGGUGGAGAAGCAAAUGCUUGUGUCUGAAGUGAAUUUGCUUCGGGAGCUGAAACAUCCAAAUAUCGUUCGUUACUAUGAUCGUAUUAUCGACCGAACCAACACAACCCUGUAUAUCGUAAUGGAAUACUGUGAGGGAGGGGACCUGGCUAGUGUCAUUACAAAGGGGACCAAGGAUAGACAAUACUUGGAGGAAGAGUUUGUCCUUCGAGUGAUGACUCAGUUGACACUGGCCCUGAAAGAGUGUCACAGAAGGAGUGAUGGUGGCCACACUGUGCUUCACCGGGAUCUGAAGCCAGCCAAUGUCUUCCUGGACAGCAAACACAAUGUCAAGCUUGGGGACUUUGGACUAGCUAGAAUAUUAAAUCACGACACGAGUUUUGCAAAAACGUUUGUUGGCACACCCUAUUACAUGUCUCCUGAGCAGAUGAGCCGCUUGUCCUACAACGAGAAGUCGGACAUCUGGUCGCUGGGCUGCCUGCUGUAUGAGCUGUGUGCGCUGAUGCCACCGUUUACAGCUUUCAACCAGAAAGAGUUAGCUGGGAAAAUCAGGGAAGGGAGAUUCAGGCGCAUCCCCUAUCGCUAUUCUGAUGGCUUGAAUGAGCUCAUCACUCGGAUGCUGAAUUUAAAGGACUACCAUCGCCCUUCAGUGGAAGAAAUUCUGGAGAGCCCUUUGAUAGCAGACUUGGUUGCAGAAGAGCAGAGGAGAAAUCUGGAGAGGAUGGAGAGGAGAGGUCGGCGUUCAGGCGAGCCUUCGAAGCUGCAGGACUCCAGCCCUGUGCUGAGUGAGCUCAAGUUGAAGGAAAGGCAGCUGCAGGAUCGAGAGCGAGCACUCAGAGCUCGGGAGGACAGCCUGGAGCAGAAGGAACGUGAACUUUGUAUUCGAGAGAGACUUGCGGAGGACAAACUGGCCAGAGCCGAGAGUCUGGUGAAGAACUACAGACUGCUGAAGGAGCACAGGUUCCUGGGUCUGGCUGGUGACCCAGAAGUUGAUCCUGCAUCCUCAGAAAUGAAGAAGAAGGUCCGUUUCCACGGGGAAAGCAAAGAGAACACCACAAGGAGUGAGGAUUCCGAGAGCCAGCUCACCAGAUCCAAGUGCAAGGACCUGAAGAAGAAGCUUCAUGCUGCCCAGCUGCGGGCUCAAGCCCUGUCUGAUAUUGAAAAAAACUACCAGCUAAAGAGCAGGCAGAUCCUGGGCAUGCGCUAGGCCACAAGGCAUGGAGCUGGGUCAGUAUUGAUACUGACAACCCACCGGAGGUUGGUUGGUCCUCAGCUGCUGUAGUUUUGUGUGUCUGGUUCUGUGAGUUGAACCUUUGAGUGUGGUGAGCAUGGUAUUGGGACUGUUUGUGGUCUACAGGAUGGACAUGUCUUCUUCCUAAUAUCCCUGUGUAGAAAGCAUGCUGGCUUUGCUGGUUGGUUGGGCUUUUGAUCCCGUGUGUGAUUACUACUUGGAAUAUGAGAUGGGGCAGUAUAGAUACUAUAGAUCUUAGGAGAAAAUAAUGUUAGGGAAAGAAUAUUUAACCUGGAGGACUCACUGAGAAGUUCACACAACUGAGCGAUGCUGCCUUCACUGCCGUUUCCAGGGGAGGCUUCAGCGGGUAUGACCUCACUGUAAGGGAUAUGGCAGGGCCUGGGGUCUUGACUCUCCCACAGGGUUGCGUGUCAGAGGCACAGUGGGAGCUUAUUAGUGUGUGAUGUUACAGGGAAGACCCAGCCACUGGCCUGACAGCCCCACUCACCAGCAUUCCGGCUCCAGGAUGCUCGUUGUGCUAGUUAACUACAGACUAGACUUGGGACGGAAGGUAAAGGGCUGAAGCUUUUACCUCAGCACAUGAUUUACCGUAGGGAAACUCAUGCCAGCAUAACACCCAGGCUGUGCCGGGCUGACUGACAGGGCAAAGGUCAUUAGAAUUGUCCCUCAGCACGCUGCUGUCCUGCAAUACAGGCAGGCACUGGGGACAGGAGGCUACUGGGAGCCCUGAGAGCUCCCUCUCCCACUGUGCAGGGCCUGUCCCCAUCUGUCAGUUCAUGGCAUUAGUUAAGUGCUGUCUGUGCCCUCAAGUAUGAAUGGUCUGAAGUGUCAGUCUAUAUAUUUUAAAUCAUACAUGUGGUCCCCAAACAUUUAAUGUUGGAGAACUGUCUUCAGAAAGUUGGUCUAUUUAAGGCUACUGGGGGGAAAAAGCAGGUCUCCUUUGCAUCUGUCCUUGUGGAUAAAUGUCCACAGUCCCUUGAGAUGGCUUCAGAAAAGAACAGUGUGCAGUGUACGUUAUGAGAGCCAUGCCUGCCUUUACCUGUGUGAGGGCCAGAUUACUCUUGUCUACAGUUUCCCGAAGACCUCAGCAGAAAGGGGUCCAUUUGUCCUAAUACGUACGUGCUGUUGGCUGAGAGGGAAGGUUAGAAGCAUUUUAAUGCCGUUUGUUUCAUGGCUAAACACACAGGCUCCUUGCAUUUUAAAACUCAGUGUGCUUUACUUUCUGGAACUGUAACAGCUUACUUGGGUGGGUAGCUUGCCAAGGUUGACUUUUGUAACACUUCAUGCAAACUGCUGUUGGCAUUUGCAGUUGUAGAAGCUGUAUGAGGGAUUGCUUACUGUUACAGUGCCUGGGAUUUCUUGCAGCUGCAUAUAUAAUGCCUGGCAUCUUUUGCAACUUUGGCUUUUAGUAGCAGCUUGGAAUGUUAAAGUGCGGUGAGCAUCUUCUCUGCUGUGAAGGGCCUGACAAUCUGCCAGGUGGGGAAUCUUGUUAAAAACCAGAAACUCAGUGCAGUGGUUUUCCUGCCUUUUCUUUCUCCUUUGGUCUAUAAUGAUAUUGGCAUAGCAAUACAAAGUAAAAUCUGUGUAUAUAAAAAUUCUAAGUAUGAGGUUUUAAAUGUUCCUGAACUAUAGAAAAACUUAAUUGGAUACAAUUGUUUAUAAUUAACAGGUCAUCUUAUUUAUAAAUUUUCCAAUAUAAUAUAAAUCUAUUUUGUGGAAAUUU